AUGGAGCCCGUGAGUGCUGGCGCAAGUGUGCUAGCCUUUGUAGGGAUUGCUUUGCAGGGUACGAAAUCGCUGUACAAUGUGCUCUCCGGAUUCCGACAUGCAACACGAGAGACUGCAUCGCUUGUUGCGGCUGUGGGAAACUUGCGGAACAUCUUGAUACAGCUCCGCGAUUGCAGAGCGUUGGCAGAGCCCAAUGUCGACCUACAAAAUGUCAGAAAUCUGCUGGAUGCUUGUACCCAAGACAUAGCGAACUUCAAGAAAGACCUUGACAAGAUACAAUAUGAUCCGACGACACCGAAAAUUCAAAAGGCAUGGAAGAGAGUCCGAGCAGCUUUGACAGAAAAGCAACUCACUGCCAUGUGGCACAAGUUGAAUCAUCAUUGUAACGUGCUGCAGUUCCAACUCAAUCUUCUUCAAAGCAACGAUACGCUGGAUUGUAAGACCCAGAUCCACGAAAUCCGAGAUACUCUGUCCGCAGGAACCUUGCAGAUCUCCUCCUUGAAUGAAAAUGUGCAGGACAUCAAGGAUUCAGUGGAAGAGGUGGUUCGGAGCACUGCUGCAGCUGUCAACCAUACUAUCGGCCAGACCUCAGGGGCGACGCUUGCACAGCUGCAGAACAUAUCCACUCUGCUUGAGGCGCUUCAAAACCAGGUCUCGGCAGAUGCAACUCAGUUCUCUCUUCCUCAACACUGCCGAGCGCCGACACAAGAGGACAGUCCACUGUUUGCUCACUCCAACGAACCCGUUCGGGGGAAUUUGGAGCUGAGGGAGUGCCUCGCCAGAUUAUGCAAACUAGAAUCGCAAGUCUCAGGCACAAUGCUCUAUGAGGAAGCAGACACCAUCAUCGAGGAUCUGGAAUGUUUUCUAUCUGAACUGAUGGAGCUCGAGGACAGUGAAGUACUCGGUACGGCAAAGAAAAGGAAGAAAGAGAUAGGAGAGGACGAGACAGUGACACGCCGCGACCUGAAACGUAUGCGCGGUCUGGUCUCAGCGUCUCCUGCUGUAGAGGUAAACCAAGCUCCCAAGCGGUUCACUACAAAAAGCGCCGGAAAGGUCGUCCAAAAGAACCGGAGCAUCGAGCUCGUACUGUCAGGUUGCAGGGCAACCAUCACCAUCAACAAAAGAGCCUUCCAGGCAUUUGGCAAUCCCUCCGAGCCAGGAGAACUUACCACAGGUCCAUACGCAGAAGAAUUCUUUGCAACUGUCAAAGCAUCUAUUGAGGAUUCUAAAUCACCCGCCGUGCUCGUUGCGUAUCUGCGGCAAAUCCGAUUCGAUAAUGGGUUUUCUUCCUUGAAUCCAGUCAUUUCCAUCGGCAAGACCCUACCCAGAAGUUCUGCCAUCUUUGAUAUUGUGCGCAAUGGGGAUGUUGAGGGACUUCGGAGGCUGCUUGCUCGUGGAGAGGGGUCUCUCAGAGACAGGGAUACCAAGGGAAUUCCUCUCUUACAUUACGCAGUUGCGUAUUCCGAGGGACGGAAAACUGACGAUAUGUGCGCAUUUCUCAUUCAGAAUGGGGCAGAUGUUGACGAGGUCGCCCAUGAUCCAAGCAGUGCGUUUGGAAUGUCCCAGACGCCAAUGUGGUUGAGCGGAGGCAACCCAGAGGUCGCUCGUCUCCUUCUGGUUGCUGGAGCAGAUCCUUGCUCUGCACUCUACCUCCGUACAGGCGAUUCGAAUUCCAAGUACUCCAUGUUGCGUUUUGGCGAUCACGGAAUGAAGCUGAUACUGAGCAACCCAAUACCAUUCGUUGAUAUUGAAAGCAGGGAUAGUCGAGGUCGCACAAUGCUACUGUCUGUUGCUGCCGAUUGUGCCCGCCUCCGCGACCCAGUAUCCUUCCUUAACCUUCUCCUCUCGAAGAGUGCCGAUAAUGGCGCUCGAGACAAGUAUGGGAGAAAUUGUCUUCAACUCGCACUCCGUUCUUUCUGGCAUCAAUACCAGGCUGAUAAGGUCCGCCAGUGCAUCGUCUUUUUGAUUCGAAGUGGUGCUGAUAUCCAUUCUGUGGACGGAGAAGGCAUUUCAAUAUCGGACGAAGCUUAUAAAGAUCCCACUGCGACAAUGUUGGGAUCUGGUCGAGGCGACGUGUGGGAUGCAGCACUAUCGGUGUGCGGUUACGAUAUACGUCAAAUGCGACAUGGUUACCAUCGACUGCCGCGAUAUGAUGACACAGAGUGUCCGAUAUAUCAGCGAAAAUUUUUCAAAUAUUUGUGGAAAGGUCGGGAAGACGCUUGUCCGUACUAUCAUGAUCCGCCUGUUUGGUGUCCACGGAGCAUUUUGCCAUCUGGGCAAUGUCCGUUUGGGGGAGAGGACUGGCUCUGUCCUGGCACGAAUGCGGCUUUCAGUCAAGAUGCUAGUAGUCUCAUUUUCCAUGGGCGAAAAGGGAGCGAGAGCUGGAGACUGAGCCAGAGACUGAUGACCUCUAUGGAGCGGACGACAUACCAUCGCAUCGAAGAAGCCAAAUUCUACGGCGUCAGCGAGUCCAAAGAAAGUGACUCAACCGACAGCUCCAAUGCGCACGCCGAAUUAUCGUCACGCACGGCACCGAUGAGGGACAUUGCACAAGAGGAUCCUGCUGCAGAGAGCGCCUCGGACUCGUCAUCCGAAUACAAUGAUACUUACGAGUAUAUUUGA